UCAAAUUAUGUCGAGAUCACAAGACUAAGCAUAGACAAUACUUUUAUCAACCAACUUGUCUUCUGUCAUCAGGUGAUUGGGAGUGAGGAAUUCAGAAAAGGGAUAAAUUCGUAAAUCAAUAUGUCUGGGAAAGAUAAAUUACAAAUUUUCCCUUCUCGGGGAGCUCAGAUGUUAAUAAAGGCCCGUCUGGCCGGAGCAGUUAAGGGCCAUGGUCUCCUCAAGAAAAAGGCUGAUGCCUUGCAAGUGAGGUUCCGUAUGAUCUUGGGAAAAAUCAUUGAGACAAAGACCCUUAUGGGUGAAGUGAUGAAGGAAGCAGCAUUCUCCCUGGCCGAGGCAAAGUUCACGACGGGAGACUUCAACCAGGUGGUGCUGCAGAAUGUGACCAAGGCACAGAUCAAGAUCCGUUCCAAGAAAGACAAUGUUGCUGGUGUCACACUGCCGAUUUUCGAGUCAUACCAAGAUGGUUCAGACACGUACGAGCUCGCGGGUCUCGCGCGCGGUGGUCAACAGCUCUCGAAGCUGAAGAAGAACUUCCAAAGUGCUGUCAAACUGCUGGUCGAGCUCGCGUCUCUCCAGACAUCGUUCGUGACUUUAGAUGAAGUCAUCAAGAUCACUAACAGACGUGUCAACGCUAUUGAGCAUGUGAUCAUCCCACGACUGGAGCGCACUCUGGCGUACAUCAUCUCCGAGCUGGACGAGCUGGAGCGUGAGGAGUUCUACCGGCUCAAGAAGAUCCAGGACAAGAAGAAGAUCAUUAAGGACAAAGCGGAAGCGAAAAAGAAAGAGCUCCUAGCGGCGGGCCUGGGCCUGGACCUCGGCGACGGCGGCGCCAACCUGCUCGACGAGGGCGACGAGGACAUCGUGUUCUAAACUACUACCCGACAGUUAUAAUAUAACCGGUUUCACCACGCGCAGCGGCCAUUUUGUUGGGGACUACUUACUGGCGUGUAGUGAGGUCUCAGCGUAGUCAUAAAGACAGCUUUCUAGAGUCCGUCUGACUUUAACAGAACAUAGUGAGGGAGUGUCAUUAUCAACGCCAUAGUUUCAUAGAAGUUUGACAUGAAUGAUGACAUUUCCACACUCUGUAAUUGCAAAUGCCAUGCAGUGCUAGCUUAGUCGGACUGCUAAUACAGAAAGCUUGCCACAGAAACUCGUAUCUUUAUUACUCUACCGGGACAUGGCUGACAAUACUUGUUGUCAAGCGUCCGUAUAACUCAAUCCAUAUUGGCUUGCUCAAUAUUAGCUCAAGAAAAUUGCCUCUGUAAUUUGUGGUAAAACCUGUUUAUAGGCUGGUUAUUGAAUCAUUGCUGAAAUAUCUAAACAGCUAUAUUUAGUGAUAAUAUCCAGCCUAUUAUAGUUAUAACAGUUAAAAAGCACUGUUGAGGUCCUAUAAUGGCUUCGCCGGCCUACCGGGUCGAUAGUAUUGUAUCUCUAGUGACAAAUUGUUAGUAGUCGCAGUCAAGUGUUCGAAAAACUAACAUUACGGGAGCUUCCAGUAUUACCUUACAUUAUGGAGACGAUAAAUGCCCUUUAUACUUUAACCCUUUGAACGCUUUACGUCAUAAACAAAAACGUCACUCACACGCCAAGGUCAUGGUCGCAAGCGAGCUUGAGAGUGUGAAGGUUACUUUGACAGCGAUAGUAUGCCAUAACACCUACGUAUUCAUGGUGCUGUGGGCACGACUAGUCGACGCCGUUAGAUGUUCUUGGCGUUCAAAAGGUUUUUAAUAAAUAACCUCACUUUCCCAGACACCUCCAAAUUUCAGUUUCAACACUUGACUGCUUUCAAAUGUUUAUAAAUUGAUAUUACAGCCUACAUGGUGUUGUCUGUAAAUAAUGUACUGUUAUUCCUCUUCCACAAAUCAACCCUACGACCUUCUAAUACGGUCCAAUUUUCAGUGGCAAUCUGAUUGGUAUACAAAUUGAUUGUAAGCAUUCCACGCAUUGUUUCAACUUAAGCUUUUAGAAUGCUGUUUAAAAUAUAAAGCAUAAGUACACCCAUUUUAUUAUUUAUAGUUUUUUGAUUUGUUGUUUAAUGGUCGUUUAAGUGUAAGCAAUCAUGUAAAUACAAGUUUGUGAUGCGAAAUAUUAAAUAUUAUUAUUGAUCGAA